AUGGGGAUGCUGGUGGUUGUGUUAUGGGCUUGUUUCCUUGCAACGGAAAGCAAACCUCUGCAGACACUUGUCAACUAUGGGAAAGCCUAUCAUGCCACAGGGGUUCUCAAACUGCCUUAUGCUGAAAUAGAGGAGCCCUUUGAGGCCUGGUUCAACGCAACAGAAGGAAACAGCCGGAUCGAGUAUUAUCAUGGCCAGGUGAUCACUUACCAGUGUGGCUCCUUGAAGCCCUUUGGGGCCAGCUUCAAGGUAACCCCAGAAACCACAGAGGCCAAGCUGAAUAUGAGAAAAUGUUUCCAGAUCAAUGGCACAUCUGAGUCUCCCAUUAGGCCUCAAAAUAUCUUCCCUGAACUAACUGGGUUCCAGCCUGUACGGCAAGAAACCUACAAUGGACAGAACUGCACAGUGCUGGAGCGCGUGUCUUACUGGGGCAAGAAGAAAAACGUCUAUAAAUUAUGGCUGGCAGAUACUUCCACUGGACUUGCGCCUAUGCAUUAUGAGAUGUCAGGAUUCAACACCCUCUUGGGCUCCCACUAUGACAAGUAUGAAAUUGACUACACCAGCUUUUCCCAGACCUUCCCAUCCAAUGUCUUUGAUCUCCCUCAUGAUAUCAAAUGUGAAAGCUGGCCCACGCCAGGACCAGAGCACCGGAUCAUGGCCAAUCCCAUGCAGGAAUUUGUUGGGACGACUGGAGAGAUAAGCAGACACCACGAGCAUAUCUUUCAGCGCUAUAAGAAAAAAUACAGGAAGACCUACAAGAGCGAGAAGGAGAUGGAGCACCGGAAACACAACUUCAUUCAUAACAUGAGGUACAUCCACUCCAGGAACCGAGCGAACCUGUCCUACAAGCUUGCUGUGAACCACCUGGCUGAUCAUACCGCCGAGGAGAUGGCAGUGCUGAGGGGGAGGUUAAAAUCUGGCGGACCCAAUAAUGGGUGGUCUUUCCCAUCGCAAACCUAUAAUGACCUCAGCCUGCCAGACAGCCUGGAUUGGAGGCUUUAUGGUGCUGUGACCCCUGUCAAAGACCAGGCCGUGUGUGGAUCCUGCUGGAGUUUUGCUACCACUGGAGCCCUGGAAGGGGCUCUGUUCCUCAAGACUGGAGUACUGACUCCGCUGUCUCAGCAAGCUUUGAUUGAUUGCUCCUGGGGCUUUGGAAACCGUGCUUGUGAUGGCGGCGAGGAGUGGUAUGCAUACGAGUGGAUCAUGAGACACGGUGGAAUUCCGAGCACAGAGUCCUAUGGGCCUUACCUGGGCCAGAACGGCUAUUGUCACUACAACCAAUCAGAACUGAUGGCAAAAGUCUCUGGCUAUUUCAAUGUGGAAUCUGGAAAUGCCACGGCCCUCAAGGCUGCUCUACACAAGCAUGGCCCUGUGGCUGUGAACAUCGAGGCCUCCCACAAAUCCUUUGCCUUCUAUGCCAAUGGCAUCUACUAUGAACCAGAGUGUGGAAAUCACACCAUGAUGUUGGAUCAUGCAGUCCUAGCUGUGGGAUAUGGGGUUCUUCACGGGGAGAGCUACUGGCUUAUCAAGAACUCCUGGUCCACCUACUGGGGAAACGACGGGUACAUUCUCAUGUCCAUGAAGGAGAACAACUGUGGGGUAGCGACCGCGGCCACCUACCCGAUCCUGGCCUGA